AUGGCGAACCACGGGAAAAUUCAAGAUAGCAGCAAUGACAAUUUAGUAGGAGAACACAAGGGUGACCUCGGUUUAUGUGGCUGGUUUUUAGUCAUCUUAUCCUUCAUGAUGGUGAUAGUCACCUUUCCAAUCAGCAUAUUCAUGUGUGUAAAGAUCGUACAAGAGUAUGAACGUGCGGUCAUAUUCAGACUGGGUCGCAUUCCUGACAAGAAGGCCAAAGGACCAGGUAUCUUCUUCAUACUGCCAUGCACAGACUCCUUUGUGAAAGUGGACAUGAGGACAGUGUCAUUUGACAUCCCACCCCAAGAGAUCCUGACCAAAGACUCAGUGACAGUGUCUGUGGAUGGCGUAGUGUACUUCCGGGUCCACUGCCCUAUCUCCUCAGUGGCGAAUGUGUCUAAUGCCAACUUCUCCACACGUCUGCUGGCCCAGACCACCCUGAGGAAUGUGCUGGGCACCAAGAACCUGGCGGAGCUUCUGUCAGACAGAGAGGGCAUUUCGCACAGCAUGCAGGCUGCUCUGGAUGAAGCCACUGAUCCAUGGGGCAUUAAGGUGGAGCGGGUGGAGAUCAAGGAUGUGAAGCUGCCCCAGCAGCUCCAGAGAGCCAUGGCGGCGGAGGCAGAGGCCAUGCGGGAGGCCAGGGCCAAGGUGAUUGCGGCAGAAGGCGAGAUGAACGCAUCACGGGCGCUGAAGGAGGCGUCGAUGGUGAUCGCUGAGUCACCCUCGGGCCUGCAGCUGCGCUACCUACAGACCCUCAACACCAUCGCUUCAGAGAAGAACUCUACCAUUAUCUUCCCCCUCCCGAUUGACAUGAUGCAGUCAUUCAUGCAAAGGAAGUGAGUCCUCUGACAAAGAGGUCCCGUCAGGAGCCCGUUAUCAUUCCACAUGAAUGCGCAUCAUGCCUAAUCCUCUAAACCUGUGAAA